UCCCUCUCGUCUGAAAAACCGUCUUCUGCUUAUUACUAAUUCAUUUCUUUCCCUGUUCUCCGGUAUUUGCAGCUGAGAAAUAAAAAAGAAACCACAUAUAUUAGAAUAAAUAUUUAUAGAGAGAGAGAGAGGGGAGAGGGAGGGAGGAGGAACUAGGCAUGGGGUGUUUCUCGUGCGCAAGAUCCUCUCACAAGAAGCAAUAUAAAAAGAAAAAAUUGGCCAUCGACGACAGAACCCCAUCGGACCACUCAAAGGCGAGCCUGUAUAGAUCUAUUAAAGAUCCUAAACUAGUGUCUCAAUCCUCAAAUGGCAGCUUGAGUCCUAGCUCUGAUGCGGGGAGCAAUAUCUUCGAAGCGAGGAACUUUGCCCUCGCUGACUUAGUUGCUGCAACAGAGAAUUUCAAGGAUGGAAAUUUUCUUGGUGAGGGAGGAUUUGGACCAGUCUAUAAAGGUCGUUUACCCAAUGGCGAGAUUGUGGCCAUUAAGCAACUAGAUCGCAACGGCUCUCAAGGAAUUAGGGAAUUUGUGGCCGAAGUUUUAACACUAAGCAAUGCAGAGCACUCUAAUCUUGUCAAACUAAUAGGCUAUUGUGCCGAGGGAGAUCAAAGGUUGUUAGUCUAUGAAUAUAUGCCCCUAGGUUGUUUGCAGGACCUUUUACAUGACAUCUACCCCGGCAGUGAGGUCCUUGACUGGAAUAGCAGGAUGAAGAUAGCAGCGGGGGCAGCAGAAGGGUUGGAGUAUUUGCAUACAAAGAUGUCGCCACCAAUAAUAUACCGUGAUUUGAAGUGUUCCAACAUAUUGCUCGGGAAGGGAUAUAAUUCCAAACUAUCGGACUUUGGUUUAGCGAAGGAGGGGCCGAGUGGAGACAAAACUCAUGUUUCCACAAGAGUGAUGGGCACGUAUGGAUACUGUGCUCCUGAUUAUGCUAUGACUGGCCAACUCAACUUCAAGUCGGAUAUCUAUAGCUUUGGUGUAGUUCUUUUGGAGAUCUUGACAGGAAGGAGAGCUGUCGACUAUACAAAAUCUGGUCCCGAGCAAAAUCUAGUUGAUUGGGCACGGCCGCUGUUCAAAGACAGGAAGAGGUUCCACGAGAUGGCAGAUCCGGCUCUGGAGGGGCACUAUCCGGUGAGGGGGUUGUACCAAGCCCUGGCGAUCGCUGCAAUGUGCAUCCAAGAGCAGCCUAACAUAAGGCCGAACAUUGGAGACAUCGUGAAGGCGCUCAAGUAUCUUGCUUCACAGCAUUACGAUCAACACAAUUCCAGCCCUUAUACGAGAAGGAACAAAUACGAACAUAAAGCUGAGAUCAUCACCAAAUCGGAAGACGAGUAAACUCUAGGUCGAGUUAGAGUUUGCUUAUCCUUCUCUGCAUCCCUUGUAGAGUUGGCUUGCAGCAGUAGCAAGGGUGAAGGAAUCAUUUGCUUUUCCUCUUUUUCCCCCUUUUCUCUUUUUUUUUCUUCCUUUUUGUAUGUGUAGGACUCCUCAAUCAUCUCAGAAAUGAGUAUAAGAAAGUAAUGUUUCUCUUGAGAUUAAAGUAAGAGAGUGAUUUUGACCAUGGUUAAAUGAAAUCUCUAGCUUCUUUCA